AUGUUUACCAUCAAUGUUGCCAACUGCAUGGGAAAGUGCCAUUUGCACUUAAAUUCAUCAGCAAUGUGUAACCAUUGUUGCUUUGUUGUGGGUGGCUUUAAAUAUUCUUCCUUCAGCACAUUAUAUAAAGCUUCACAGACCUCAGGGAAUUUCAUUGGUAGACGGCCGUCGUCAUGGAUUUACCUGCAAACGUUUAUACAUAAUUCCAGACACUCGCUCAGUUACAUCAUUUGGCAGGAAGACGUUUUACAACAAAGACAAAUUUCAAAAGAAAAUGAAAAAGUUUAUAAAGUUGGCAACGAGUUUGGCUUGAACGUCAUUGCUGACCUCAAUCGUAGCGUUUUAGACAACAAAAAAGAAGUGUUUCGUAAUGUAGUGGCAGUAAAGAGUGAUAACGAAUUCCUCCGGCCUGGAGAUUUUGGUUGCCUAGUCUAUUAUUAUGAUGAAAACAACAAAAAGAUACCAUUUGCGUAUGGAGUUGCUGCAGUGAACAAGAAAAACGAGACGUAUUAUGUUUGCAUGAGAUUAGAAGAUGGUUUAGAAAAUUUGGGACUUCUCCAAAAUGUCUCCUUCAAAGACUUUUUACGUGGCACUAAAUGAUUACUCUUUGUGAUGAAGAACAUAUAUAUGCAUCAUUUAAAACCUAUGUACUCAUUUAACUUAUGUUCUUUUUAUAUUUACAUUUAUCAAUUUGUUUAUAAUUUAUUCAUUAAUUUAUCAUUUGCGUAAUUUUUUUGCGAAAGUUCCUACUGUAGCUAAGAACUUGUUUUAGAAAUGUCCUUAUCUUCAACAUGAUUUCCGUCGCUACAUAUCAUGAAAAGGGUGUAUUCAAAAAUUAUAAUUAUUAGUGAUCGAGCUGUAUUUUACAAUUAAAUACAGCUAUAGAACUAUAUUUGCAUCUGUGGCUAAUAUAAAGGUACAGAAGAAAAAAUAGUCAAGUUUUACAGACACCAGUUUCUGAGUAAAUUAAUUGAGUACUUUCAUUAUUUCAUAUUCAUUUGUAUGCUUGGUUUAAUAGUUAUAUUUUUUAUAAUAUAAAUAUGUCAAAUACGACUAUACGACUAUGCUAUCUAUUAUAUCGUUAGCGCGUGCUAAUUGAAGUGGAUUUAUUGUGCAAGAAAAUGACUCGAGGCAUUUACACUAACCUGUCUCCUAAGAAUUGGUGAAAUUUCAUGGGACCUUUGUUCGUUUCAGCUUCGAAAUCCUGAAAGACAUCGCAUAAGUUAACCGUUAUUGUAACUUGUUUGUGUAACCUUGUGACAUCAAGAGUAAUAAAAUAAUUAAACAAACCUUAGUAAAUUUUUUGUAAAUUUAUCGAAACGUGGGUGAUAUCAUUGGUCAUUAUAAAUAAUCAUUGUUGUUGAGUGAUAAA